AUGGAUAUUUCUGAAGAAAACCUUGCCAGUUUUAAGGAAUUUUGUGGUGUUACUGAGAACGAUAUUGCUGUACGGUAUUUGACACAUUGUCAUGGUGAUUUACAAGCGGCCGUCCAAUUAUAUUUCCAGACUGACGGUGUACUAAAUGAAGAACAAGAAGAUGAUGAAUUCGUAGAGGUACCAGAGAUACGCCGUAGGCGAAACAGUUCAGACCCUUCGUUCAGGGACCAUGCCGAAUCUUCUGCGCAUAGUCGCCGUUCACAAAAUGCCGUAGUUAAUCACAGAUCCUCUGCUUCUAGUUGGUCAGUUGUACAACCAUGGCGUCAGUUCCUCGUUGCCCUUAUCACACUGCCAUUCAAUUUUGUAAUUUCUACAAUUUUCGACGUACUCAAGUUCUUUUAUGAUUUGGUCAUUGGAGAACGACUGCCAGCAAUUGCUGAUUUUCGACAGGAUGUAGCCAACUUUAGGAGUGCUGUGCUUGAAAUAUAUGGUCCGACCAGAGUUGAGUUUUACGAUGGGACCUUUGAUGAGGCAUUCUUGGCUGCCGCAGACGCAAAUACCGUAUUUGCUGCCUACCUAUUCACUCCAGGAUCACGUUACUCAGAGGAAAUGGUGCGAGACGUGUUGACGGAUAACGAUUUCAUUGAGACUAUGCAGAAUUUCAACGUUGUACUUUGGGGUGCCGAUCCACGAUCAUCUGCUGGAAAAGAUGCUUCAUACAAGUUACGGCUAUCGACAUUUCCCGCUUUUGCGGCGUUAUCUACCCGUGAUCACAGUAUGCUGAUGCGUAUCGAAAUGCCCAUGGACGCUCGCCAGAUCUGGCCCCUUCUGCGUCAGUGUGCCUUGGAAGAAAUGGAACAACGCGAGGAGGAAGAAUUUAGAAGACGAGUGCUUCGGGAAAAUCGACAGCUGAUGGAGCAACAAGAAAGGGAGUAUCGCGAAAGUGAGGAGCGCGACAGGGCCAUGAUGGCUGAACGCCGUCGUCAGCAACAGCAAAAGGAGGAGGAGAUGCAGAAACAGCAACAGGAGGAGAAGGAACGUCAAGACAAGAUAGAAUCACGCCUACAAGGCCUGCGCGAGUUGCGCGAGGAGUUAUCCGCAAAUCAUGUAUCAGAUAACUGUGACCAAGCGGAUUCAAUUCGAGUUAUUGUGCGUUACCCUUCAGGAGAGACGAGUCAGCACAAAUUUGCACCAGAUGAUAACACUAUGAAACUCUUUGAGGUUAUUUUUGCGAAGCCAAAUUGCCCUAAUUUUUUCGAGGCUCACUAUGGGUUUCCUCGCGUUAGACUCGAUUUUUGCCCUCGGAGAUAUUAUGAAAUACUCUCUGAUCACCGUCAAUCGUUGGGGCUGGAGACACCUCCAUUUGUGGAACCAAAAACGUUCAGGGAACUCGGCAUCCAUUCUUCACUGGCUCUUUACAUCAAUGAUGUCGAUUCCUAA